UUGUUUUGCUUCAAGCUUUUAAUUAAGAUUUCCUUGGCUUUGCUGACCCAUUUCUAUAUUGUUAAAGGCAACAGAAAAGAAGCUGCCAGGAUAGCAGAAGAGAUCUAUGGAAUAGUCCCAGUGAAGUAGCACAGCAGCAGCAGCAGCAGGGCUGCAUAAUUUAUCUGUAGGCAUUUGAAAAGAGCACUUCCAGUCAUGUCACUCCCAGCAGAGCAGGGGAGAUGUGCUCCAUAUGGGAACUAUAUUUGCCACACGUUUCAGGGAGGCAGCUGGGCAGACCGAUCCCCUCUCCAUGAUGCUGCCUUCCAGGGACGCCUUCUCUCUCUGAAAACCUUGAUUGCACAGGGUUUCAACGUGAACCUGCUGACCACGGACCGAGUGUCGGCUCUCCACGAGGCCUGCCUGGGUGGCCAUGUGGCCUGUGCCAAGGUGCUGCUGGAAAACGGGGCCCAGGUCAACGCAGCCACCAUCGACGGGGUCACUCCUCUGUUCAACGCCUGCUGCAGUGGCAGUGCAGCCUGUGUCAGCAUGCUGCUGGAAUUCGGAGCCAAGGCGCAGCUGGGGAACCACCUGCCCUCGCCCAUCCACGAAGCAGUCAAGAGAGGUCACAGAGAGUGCAUGGAGACCCUUCUGGCCCAUGAGGUUGACAUUGACCAAGAAGACCCACAGCAUGGGACCCCUCUCUACAUGGCCUGCACCUACCAGAGAACAGAAUGUGUCAAGAAGCUUUUGGAGCUAGGAGCCAAUGUGAACGUGGGGAAGCGACUGGACACCCCCCUGCACGCGGCAGCGAGGAAAUCCAGUGUGGAGAUAGUUGUCUUGCUGACAGACUAUGGUGCUAACCCAAAAUGCAGAAAUGCUGACCUCAAAUGUGCCCUGGAUCUUGCCACGCCCCACAGCAAAGUGGAGCAGGCACUUCUGCUUCGGGAAGGUCCUGCCAGCCUCGCCCAGCUGUGCCGGUUGUGUAUCAGAAGGCAUCUGGGUCGCUCGUGCCUGUACUCAGUCCCCAAGCUGCACCUGCCUGAGCCACUGGAGAACUUCCUCCUGCAUCGAUAAGGCUGUGCCUGCCUUUAGACUGGAAAACAAAGAGGAACAAACGCUUGUUUACUCCAAGAUUAUUAUA